GUUUGAUCCAACAGUAAUGAGACCCGAUGUCUGAUUCUCUGGCAUAACAGUUUCGCAAUGUUUGGUUACAAUUACAGUUUCAUUUCUUAGCAUUCACUUCCUGGAGCAGAUUUCUUUUUGCAAUGUCGAAGCAUGCAUUGGAGACCAUGUCUGUCUCUUCCUUCAAGCGAGUGCCAGCAGCAAUGAGGGAAACAAAAGCUCACAUCUACUUUCCUGCCAAAUGCCGCACGUUUACAGCUACAGCACGGUUGCAACUAUCGAUGGAGCGUGAUUCGCAGGCCGUCAAAAAGGCUAGUACAUACUGCCAAAACUUGGUCAGAAACUAUGAUUCGCCUUCAUACACCCUGGCUCAUUUCGUUCCACCACACAUGCUUCCUGCAUACUUUGCUAUUCGAGCAUUCAACAUAGAGCUGGCUAGGAUACCAGACGUUGUUUCGAUGCCGCAAAUUGGCGCCAUGAGAAUGCAGUUCUGGAGAGAUACAAUCAACAAGACCUUUGAGCUCACGCCGCCAAUGGAACCAGUAGCUAUACUUUUAGCUUCUUACCUGAAUCAAGGCUACAAGCUCAACAAGUCUUGGUUCCAACGCAUCAUAUCGGCCAGAGAUCGCAAGUUGACGCACCCCGGAUUCACGAGCAUGACGGAGCUGGAAUCGUAUGCUGAGUCAACCUACUCCACGCUUUUGUAUUUAAGUCUAUCGGCACUGCCUUUAAAUUCUCUGACAAUGGAUCACUUGGCUUCUCAUAUCGGGAAAGCUGCUGGUAUAGCUGCAGUUAUGCGAGGUGUGCCGUUACUGGCCUUUCCUCCACCACCAAACCAGCACUCAAACAACCCCCCUGGGUUGGGUUUACCUGCAAGUCGGGACAAGCAGGGCGCAAUUACACUUCCUCUGGAUAUCAUGUCCCAGUGUGGCGUUCGAGAAGAGGACAUUUUUCGAAACGGAAGCGACGCCGAAGGUCUUCGAGAUGCCACAUUUGCUGUUGCGACUCGCGCCUCAGACCACCUUAUAACUGCUAGGACAAUGCUUAAGAAUAUCCGCGAGAGUCGUGACCCUGGUCAUGAGUUUGAACAUCUGAAUGAUGAAGGCCACGAACACAGCCGAUAUGAUGCGGAUGGUUCAUCAUCUGCUGAUAAGAGCAGGCAAGAAGUGGAACAAGGAUUUGGACUCGUGAUGGGUCCGGCUGUGAGCACCCAAUUAUGGCUCGACAGGUUGCAAAAGGUUGACUUCGACAUAUUCGACGCAAGCCUCAGGCAAGUCGAGUGGAAAUUGCCUUUCGUCGCAUGGUUACGGAGAAGGAGGGGACAACUUUGACGUCCGAUACUACGGGAUUCAACGGCCUAAAAAGCUGUUACACGAUAGUGGUUUCAAAGACCCAGACAGCGCAUCAUGCUUCCAUCGUGUUUCUUCGGCUCCUGCUCAGAAGCAUGGCGUCGCCUUUCUUCCCGAGUAUCGCUUCCAGUGCUCCAAUGAGGGCCUGAGGAUCGUACAACAUAACACCUUUGGCGCUUUUCCGACCAUAUAAUUUAAGGCAAUCGAUGCCCACAGCUGCAAGGCGCUCUUUGUCGACCUUCGGAGUUCCCUCCCCGUUGAGAUGUAUAACAUGAGUGACAUACUGUCGAUAUAUUGAGUUUUGCUCGGCUGUUUGCGCCACGUUAGGUGUGCUGCCUGGCACCAGUAAACCGCCAUGAGCAUCUGUGGACGAAGUUGGCCCUGAGGACUUUAACUUGUUCUCUGAGUGUGACGUGCAAAGUUCUGACCUCCAGGGAUGUCCCCGAGAUUGCUCGCAUGCUCGAGCAAUGGCUUCGACGAAAUCAAAGGCAGAGAAGGGGUUGGGGCUCGGACCGGUCUCCCGGUCUAGCGAGCCAUUGAGAAUGAGAAUCUUGUGUCGGGCGGUACUGGAGUGCAAUGCUUCGCCCACACCUCUGAGCACAAUGGAUGCCACGACGGAAGUAUAGAGGGAUCCUAUGGAGUAGACAACAGCUUGCGCUUGUUUAACCGCCGAGAGAACGCGCGGAUUGGCUGGUGGAAGCAUUUCUUGUCCGUAGGGGUUAAUGUACCAUAUGCGC